AUGGAUACGCAGCAGCAGGGAGACCCCGAGCAUUUGCAGGAGCUUUUCCGCACAUCAUACGCGCGCUUCCUGUCGCAGGGUCUGGAACCCAACGACGCAGUGGCGCGUGCUCUACUGGAGAUGCAGCAGCUUUCAGCCAACGGAGGUGCAGCGGCCAGUCCAUCGAUCCAGACCCAAGAGGACGUGAAGAUGGAGGAUGCGUCGACCCAGCAGCAACACAAGGAGGAUAUCGAAAUGGAGACAUUGAAGGAGGCGGCACCGCCGGCCUCAACGUCAGCCGUGGCCAACGACUUGGCCGCGACUAGCAUCACGGAAGCUUUUACCGCUGGAGUUGCACCUGUAGCUGUGAAGACUGCAACUGCGUCUUCUUCUCAUACAAAAGCUCAUUAUACUUCCACUACUAACGGCAAUGGAACGAGAGCUUCCACGUCUGUUAUUCCAAUGGGGACGCAGUUAGAGAACGCUCUGAAGCUUGCAACGGAGACGGACGACUACCGAACGGUCAAGAGACUGGUGUAUCAAGUCUUCUCAGAUCCAGAUGCACUGAGUGCUGCUUUUGUCAAGUCAAACUUAGAAGACGAAGUGAAGGCACAAUGGUGGGGCAUUGAUCGGGACCAAAUGGGACGAGUGUUUUCACUCUUGGAUAGAGCAAUGGCAGGUAGCGACCAGGAGGCGAUGCAGAACACGUUCCGGAACGCACUGGAGAUGUUGGUGACGCAGCCGUGGAAUGUUUGCUCGACAUGGCACGCCCCACGCACCCUGCGCUUCUUUUUGGUGUUAUUUGAGCAUCCGUCCAUGUUUGAUCCGGACUAUUUAAACGUCGUGGGUGGACUAUGCAGACUCUUCUUUUACUUAUCAGACGAGGCCAAAGCUCUCGUGCGUGAACAGUGGAUGAACUUUUACUCAGCUGACGAGUUACAUCGCCUCCUGGACAUCCUCCAACAGGCAAUCACUGUCUGUCUCUAUGGAUCACGCAAAAUGGACCUUGUGUAUGCAGCUUGUGGUGUCCUCGCAGAGCUCCAUGUCGUGAACCGAGAGCGUGUGAAUGGGACGGAGCCAUUUGCCACUUACGACGAGUUCUACAAUGACGCCGUGAACUCAGAGGUGGACGUGGUGCAGGACUAUUCGCGCUCUAUUAUCUUCUGGAAGAAACGCCGUGCUGCUACACGAGCAGCUCGACGAGUGACGAGAGACGAGAUACGACGUCGUCGACAGUUGAAUGAAGAGCAGAGCGAGGCCGAACGUGAGCGAGAGGAGCGAGAACGGGAACUCGAAGAGGCUCAACAAGACGCUGAGCCCAUGCCGGAGCGCCAAUUGUCGGAGAUGUCGUUCUGCGACUUCCCGUUUGUAUUGGACGCAGCUUCCAAGAGCAAAGUACUGCAGAUCGACUCGGACCUGGAACAGCGUGCACGUGCACAAGACGCUGUGGUCUCUCGCUCGAUUUUUAUGGUGGAAGGUGCUCCGAUGCCGUACUUGGUAUUAAAGGUGCGACGCGAUAAUAUCGUAGAGGACGCAAUGCAGCAAUUGGUGCAUUUAUCGACAUCAGCGGAGACACUGAAGAAACCUCUGAAGGUGAAGUUUGUUGGAGAGGAAGGCAUUGAUGAAGGUGGAGUGCAGAAGGAGUUCUUCCAGAUCCUCAUUCGACAGUUGCUCGACCCAGCCUACGGGAUGUUUACUUAUGACGAGGAGACACGCACAUUGUGGUUUAACAGCGAUUCACUGGAAGUUACGAUGGAGUUCGAGCUCAUUGGUACAUUGCUUGGACUCGCGAUCUACAACGCCGUAAUUUUGGACGUGAGCUUUCCACACAUUGUGUACAAGAAGCUCAUGGGCUGUACACUAGGACUGGAGGAUCUUGAGUUGGCACUGCCUGAUCUCGGACGUGGUCUACGGCAGUUGUUGAACUUUGAGGGCGAUGUCGAAGGAGUGUACCAACGCAACUUUGAGUACUCGUACGAAGUGUUUGGAGAGGUGAAGACGGUGGAAUUAAAGCCCGGUGGCAGCUCGAUUCCCGUGACCAAUGACAACCGUGAAGAAUAUGUAGCGCUCUACGUAGACUACGUGCUGAACAGGUCAGUCUCUCGACAGUAUGCUGCAUUCCACCACGGUUUCCACCAGGUCUGCAAUGACGAGGUGCUGAGUAUGUUCCGGUGGGAGGAGUUGCAGUUGCUGAUCUGUGGCAGUAGCGACUUGGACUUUGAGGCGCUUGAGGAGGCUACACAUUACGAGGACGGGUUCACAGACGACAGUACCAUCAUCCGAGAUUUCUGGACCAUUGUGCACGCUCUUCCAUUGGAGGACAAGAAGAAGCUGCUGCGGUUCGCAACUGGUAGCGAUCGUGUACCUAUUCGAGGACUCUCGAAUCUCGUCUUUGUCAUUUCACGCAAUGGACCGGACUCGGAUCGACUUCCUACAGCGCACACCUGUUUUAAUCACCUGCUGCUGCCGGAGUACAGCAGUCGCGAAAAGCUCAAAGAGCGUCUUCUGUUGGCGAUUAACCAGGCCGAAGGCUUCGGACUGCGCUAA